AUGGGCUCUGUUCUUGUGGGGAGAAGAAGCUCUAGAGUUGGUGCGAGAGUUACACCUGAGACUGCUGAUAAGGAUGAGUGGUUUGUGGUUAAAGUAAUUCACUUCGAUAGAGAAACAAAAGAGGUGGGUUCAUUUAUGAGUCGAAAGUUAUUUUACGAGUCUAAAGUUGGUUCGAACUUUUAUCAGAGGAGACUGGAGAUGAUGAAGAAGGAAACGAUCGUAAAAGUUCAUGAGAAAACUUCUGACUUGUGA